AUGUCGUCUUCUCACGAAGUCAUCACGCCGGAUGGAGGGCCGGCGCCGAUUUCUCGAUGGCGCGUGGCGACGCUGCACAUUCUCUUCUUUGUGCUCGCCACCAUCAGCACUGUGAGCCUGCGAGCCCCGGUAUGGCUGAUUGGGGCCCUUGUUUACUGCAGUAAGCACCGCAAGGCACUCAUCGGUCAGCGUCUCUUUCCUUCGCGCCUCUGGCAAGUGUUACUUGCCUCCUUGGUGACCUCGACAUUCUGCAGCCUUGUCGCGAACACAGUCACAACGCUGCAGCAGAAUACAGCAUGGGUGCAGAAGGCCGUAUGGAGAACCCUCUACCCUCUUUGGGUCCUCCUCGGCGUCCAGCAGUGGGACGCUGCGGAUUACGUCAACACGAUCGUGUGCCCAGGAGCCACAGUCGUAGUCCUGGGGAUAUAUCUGUUGAUCCUGAAGCGGACUCUCGCCGGUCGCGUUCUCUCUCGUAAUCGCGCCACGCGUGCGGUGCAGGGCAGGUCGGUGCCCUGGAGCCUCCUUCCUCGCUGGACAGGCGCGAUGCUCGCCGCUCGUCGCCCCGCAGCCGGGCUGUUGCUGUCCCUCUUUAGCUGGGCCGCCGCUUGGACCGCUGAGCCAAGUCUGGUCGGCUUGUGUCUAGAAGGUUUUACAUUUGUGUUUGUAGCGGCUUUCCUGUACGUCGAGCACCGCAUCCGGAAACCACAGCGCAGCGCGGUGGGAAGCGGUACGGGGGCGCAGCGCCACAUCCCCCACGCAUUCGGAACCGCCGUUGCGGUGGCUCUUGUGUGCGUGUGUUUAACCCAGAACGGCGCCUUUUUCUUUUUCACGAAUGCGCACGGUGACUGGUGCAGACUGCUCGGCAUGGGGCCCGCCGCCUUGGACACUAUUGCAGGUCUUCGCUACGCGCUGCAGAUGGUCGGCAUGGCAGGCGUCUUCCUCGGCGCAGCAUUCAUGCACCACGGCACGGAAUCGUCGGAGAGCGCCUUCCCUGAAAGCGGCGCCGAUGCGGCGGUGCCAGCUGGCGAAGAGGUCACUCGCCUGCUCGCCACGGGGGAUCAGCCGGUGCUGUCCACCUCGGUGCCCAACGCCUCUUUUCGAUCGAUGUCCGCAAGUUACGAAGGGUUGCUCAACCGUCACCGACGGACACCACAGGUGUUUGCCAUUGCGUGUAUCACAGCUCUCCUCGCGUACGCUGUCUACUACCCCAGUCUUGUCUCGGCGGCAGUGUGGUUGCUCCACCUCUGCUGCUGCGCUGGCGGCCUGGUACAGAGUCCGAUGGCACCACCUUCGGCGCACCGUAUCGCCAUCGCUUGUGUACUGACCGUGCUGUGCUGCACGAUUCUCGUACAGUACGUGUUUCAAGCGUUGGCAGGCAAUCCGCGCACCACGGCAUGGGGGCAGUGGUCACCAGCAAGGCCUGCAUACCCGGACGAUGGUUGUGCUGUCGCUGCGCAAGUUGUUGCGGAGCAUCUCAUCGCUCUCCUUUUCGGAGUAUAUGUGAGUGUCGCAGGUGUGGGCGACACCGGCAGCGGCGGCAACAUCGCUGACGAGGGUGCAGAGCCCGCUACGCCGUCGCAGUCGUCGCUUGUAAACCGCGUGGGGUUCUCUACCGAAGCCAACGCGCAUUUCACAGACUCUGUGCAGGUUACGUGGUUGCGUGCACAGCUGAGCGACGCCGCGGCAGACCGAAAGCGACUGCUUUAUUUGUUUCAGGUUGCCGUGGGACGCUCGCCGCGCACCAUCGAGCUCGACGCCAUCUGCGCAACUGCCGCGCAACAGUCAGGCGCCUCCUCGCCUAUCGCUUCGCGAGGAGGCCUCACGGUGGAGGAGGUGACCCAGCUCCUCGUCAGUGGCCCCUUCUACACCUACGCUGUCAUCCUCUGCAUGUUUGUUCUCGGCACCAGCAGCGCCUCCAUGGACCUUCUCCAUGCCACUUGUCUGGUGGUGUCACUCGGAGUCAGCGUGAUCGGCGGCAACGCCAUGCUAUACCGACGGCUGCGCACGGUGCCGCCGGUGUGUGUGGCCGUUGUUGUCGGUGUGCAGCUUUGUUACGGCAUCUUUGCCGCUGGCGACGAAAAGCGGCAACAGCAGAAGCAGCAGCGUCAGCACAUUCCCACGGGAACCCAGCCGCCUUUCAUCAAGGCCUCUAUGGGCGACUACGUGAUUAUCACCUCCCUUACGUGGGAAGACUGUGCGCCGUACCUCUUCGCCCAGUUUGUGCUCAUGUGGUGUAGCCGGUACACACCAAAGUGGCUCACGAACUGGACACACAUCGCGCAGUGCCUCGCGUUCCGCUGUAGCUGGGCACGCUUCAUCCACACGGUGCACCGGGUCGCUGGCGUCGUGGUGCUCGCGUGGAUCGCCCUGCUGCUGCCAAGGAGUGCAAGCGUCACGGUGCUUAUCCUCCUCCUCUUUACGGUGACCCUCCUGCAUCACCUACGGUUGCACAGACUCGCGUAUGUGUGGCGCCGCUUCCUUGUUGUGGGCUACUGCGGAGUGGUGCUCAUGUGCAUGCUGACAGCGGAAUUCGAGCCUGCGCAGCCGCGCCUCUGGCAACUCCUGCGCGCACUCGGAUGUCCGCCAGGAUCGGAGAGGCGCUGUGCGCAGGACAUCGGUCUCCCCGCCGACUCCGCCAUGUGGCUCACACCACUUUCUAUUCCUUGGUGGCUAAUCAUUGUGCUCGCAACGGCCACCGCGAGGCCACACCCACUACCGAGCUCGCUGCCAUCCUCGCUGGCUGCAGCGCCGACCACCGGUGCACCGGAGGCGUCGACGGGCCGGUUUUGGCGGGCACUUUUGUGGUGGCCGAAGGUGCUUUCUGAUGUGCUCUCCUUUGCUGUUCUCGCCGCCAUGGUUCACACUGCCUUGCAGCGGCCGAGCAUUCUGGCGGCGCUCUACUUGGUUGGUCCGGGACUCGGAGUCUUCCCUUGCUGGACUUUAGGCGUGGCUGCCGUGCACACUGCACUGCAGUGUGUAUACCAGCUGUGGUUCUCACCCGGGUGGCUCGAUGCGCAGACGCGGCUUGGCGUAUCGCCGGCACAGCUUCUUGGUCUUUGGAGGCCCUCGUCUGCGAUGAGCGCUGGCGCGAACCUUCCAUCUACGUUGGUCGUCGCUGCAGCUCCGCUGCUCGUUGGUGUCGCUCAAUCCCUGCAGCUGCAGUGCGCGUUGGUGGCUCGGCGGAGAGAGCGCAACACGGCCGCUUUGCCGAGACCAGGAAGGAUGUGGUGCCGGGUGUGGCGGACUUGCGCGACGCAUCUCUACAUGCUACUGCUCUGGGUGCUGUUGUACCUCACGCAAAAAAUCGCCCUGGGCUGGGGGGUUGGCCUGCUGGUCAUGGCGGUAUGGAUCUCGGCGGAAGUGCGAAACUGCGGCGUGCUGCAGCGGCGGCGCUUGCUCUUUAGUGCGUUCGGGUCGGCCACGGCUGCCCUGAUGGCGCUGGCCUACUUGCUGCACUGGCUACAUACCGUAUUCCCUUGGUGGAGUGCCCUUGCCAUGUACCCGUAUUUGUUUGGCGGCUCAACCAACAAAGACAAGACGAAGACGGAGCUGGACAGCGUGUGCUGCGCUGCUGCCGCAGCGUGUGUGGUGCUCCGAGUCAGCAGCGGGGCGCCACGUGAGAACGAAAGUGAGCAUCUCCUUCGCCAUAUCCACAGCCCGAGCUUCCUGGACUGGGUGUGGCGCCAUUCCGGAGAGUUGCGCGAGAACCACGAGGACAUUGCCGCGUUGCUGUCUGAGAUGCCACCUGACGAAAUACAUUACUUUUUUAGGGACGUCGCUGGCGUGUUUCACUGCGACGAAGAAGCCGCCGAGGGGACUGACACGUCGCCCCUCUCGACAAGCCCAGCUCCGCCACACAAAGGCAGUGUCGUCGUGAGCGUAGCGCGCCGCGUGCCGCUGGUUGCAUGCGGUUCCGUCGCCAUCGGCUCUGCCACGACGUGGCCUCCCUGUGUGCUACGUGCGGUGCUGCUGCUCGCUGGCCUGUGCUUGGCGGCGAGACACCACCGUUUGCACUGGAGCUUUUGGCGGUGGUGGCGUCUGACCGUCGUCCUCUACGCCCUGCUUCCGCUCGUCGCCUUAGUCGCUGCCUGCCCUUGUGUGCGCGACGCCAUACCAAAGCUGCCACCCUGGGUGGGGCUGCUGAUUGGGUGGUCCCUGGAUGCCUCGCACGUGGACGGAAAUGCGCUCGUCUUCUCCCACCGGCACGUCAUGCUUUUCGUGUGUCUGUGGCUGCAAAGUUGCGUGUACAACUGCCCACAGUCGUGCACGGCUCUGCUGCGUCAGCAGGGUGAGGAGCGACUGCUGAGUGAGGCGCGGCAUGCCGCCCUGCAGCGGCAGCUGCUGUCGCGCAUGGCGAAUGCAACCGAGAAGGUGGUGCGUGUGGACCGGGAAGUAUGUUCGUACCUCAAUGCCCUGCGCACCGGUGAUGACAUGGUUUUUACCUGUCAGACGUGCACACGGGGAGGCAGCGACUACGUGGAAGAGGGCGGUGACGAUCAUGGCAGUGAUGCUGAGAGAGUGCGGGUGUCGAUGCCGUCGCCGCCGUCUAUGACCCCAGUGCUGGAGCCGGAGGAGGUGAACGAGGUGCUGGACGACGCAGGAGAACUGCCGAUGCCUCCCCUGACGCUUCCCGCCGUGGACGGCAGGAGCAACGCCCCGCCGCCGUCGCCCGACCAGGCGCAGCCACCCCUGUUGCGGUGGUGGCGGCAGAGAUGUGUGCGGUGGUUGCGACGGAUAUGCGACAAGCUGGCAGCGUACACCUACCACCCCUCCGAGUACCGCCUCUCCGCGGUCGCCACCGACUCCUCCACGUCGACGCUUUGGCUACUCAGCCAGUACGCUCUGCGCACUGCGGUGCAAGUGGUGCUGCGACACACUCCUUUCGCCCUGCUGGGCUGCUCAGUCGCCAACGCACUCCUCACUGGCUGCUUAUGGGAGCUCAUUGGGCUGUGCUACGUAGUGCAGGUGGCCCUUGCCUACCACCCCCACCCCCCGCGCGUGGUGUACAAGGCGUUUGGGGUGUUUCUCGGAACGGGGAUGCUACUGAAGGAGGCGGCCUCGAUGUGGGCAUUUUACGGCCACACGAACUCUUCCCUCAUCACAGUACUCUCUUGGGUACUGCUGCCGCUAAAGGGGCAGAACCGCGGCAGCAGGAGCAGUCAUCAGGUGUGGGCCAAUGUGCCUCAAUCGCGCGGUGCCCUGCGCUACGAUACGCUUUGGAUGGAUCUGGUGACGAUGGGGGUGCUCGUGCUACAUGAUCGUGUGAGCAUCAUCCACGGCGUUCAUGUAGAGCGGGAUCAGCAGCAAAGCACGGUGCGGGACAGCUCCCCCGUGACGGUCAUGCCGGAAGACCCGGCGUCGUCUGCUAGAGGCGAGUCGCUGUCCAACAGCAUCACAGCAGCGACGACAGCAUCGCCUUCAGCAUCUUUUCUUCUCUUGACGCCGAUUGCGCAUGGCAUUAGCAUCAGCAGCGCCUUUCGCGCCUUGGUGGCCGACUACUGCCAAAACCUCCUCACUGUGUCGGGGGUUGGCGAGGACUGGUACAUCUCCUACACCUCCGUCGAUUCCGUGGCGCUGCUCAUGGUCGCCGUCUACUACAGCCGUAUCGCCGGCAAAAACAAUGGAACGCUGCAGGACAACGUGCAGAACAACCUGCUCCCCGGCCCGAUGGCGUUGCUGAUAUGCGUGAGCGUGCUGCAGCUUGUCAUGGACCGCAUGCUAUACGUGCAGCGCUCCAUGCGUCUGAAGGCGCUCGCCAACGGCGUGUGCGCCCUCUCGUAUACCCUUUUUUACUGGUGGUGGCGGAAUGCGGUGACGGUGUCGGAUCACGCCACCGGCAACGUGUACCUCGCCCUCAAAAUUGUGGCCCUUGUGCUCUCUGUGAUGCAAGUGUGCCGCGGCUUUCCAGUGCACCGCCGCCGCCACAUCUUCGCGACCCACCUAGGCAGCCUCCUCAGCUACAGCUUCACGGUCUACCGCUCGCUCCCAUUUCUCUGGGAGCUGCGUACGUUGGUGGACUGGACAGUGUUGCGGACGUCGCUGAGUCUGCAGGAGUACCUGACCGUGGAGGACAUCUACGUGUACGUAUACCAGUGCCGGGAUCGCUACCUGGAAAAGCACCGCCGCAACGAAAAGCUUGGUGACCCGGUGGCGCCGUUCUCCAAGUGGGCAUUUGGUGUGAGUCGCCUCGUCCUCGCCCUGUUGGCCCUGUUGGGGCCUCUGCUCUACUAUUCCACCUACAACCCGUCCACUAUGGCAAACAGCGCCACACAGCUCAAUUUUCAGCUCUCUUUCUUUGGCGCCUACGACUUCUUUGCGACCACGGUGCACGACAACGUCACGACGCCAGAGGGAUGGUGGACGUGGAUUGAACGGACCCGCCCCACGCUCGGCUCGUAUGACCUCAUGGCCGUAGGGAAGACUGUGCAGCUGAUGGAGUUCACGUCAUGUAGUAGCAGCCUAUGGAUGGCCAGCCCGCAGGCUGUGCGGCAGGUGCUGGCUGGCCUCCGCGCGGCCGCGUCGAACGCGUCCAGCGCAUACAUGCUGCAGGCGCUGGAGGUUUCUCGCAGCGUGAGCAGCACGGACGCUGCAGUGGCGGCGUCGCUGGUGAACCACUGGCCGAUUCCCUGGGACACCGCGCAGGACCUGGUCACCAUCCUGGAGCAAGAAACCAGCGACACCAGAGAGGCAGCGGUGGCGGACUCUCAGAACAGCAGCAGCAGCGUGGUCGGCUCUGCUUCUCUGCCCUUCUUCUACAGCCCAUUUGUCUUCAACCGCGCCAGUCGGAUCGAUGGACUUCCGACGAACCUGCGCUUCCCCCACCGCAACCACCACAACUGCACGCUCGAGCUGAACCACGACAGGGAUGUCGCUCUCAACUCAGUGGUGCGCUACUGGUGCCUGCACUGCGCACCACUCUUCCCAGGGGGUAACAUCCCGUCUGAGAACUCGAGCAGCGCGGCCGAGUGGCGGUGUCUGACGACAGGUGAGGGGUGUGACGACUUCAACUACGAAGACGCUACCGACGGUAGUGGCAGCAGCACCGUUCGGGCGCCACUCGCGGCACAAAUGCAUAGCCGCGUGGCGGCUAAGCAGGUGUCCAUCUACAUGGUCAUCAUCUCCGACACGGUGGUCAUGGGCAUCUCUUUGCUGAAAGGCGUCGGCAUCGUAGCCCUCUACACCACGUUCGUCUUGACCCUUGGUCGGCUGCUGCGUUCCGUGCUGACAAACCAGACGAGCACCCUGCUCUACUCUAAUAUGGCCAACCCGGCUGCCCUGGAGAACUUGGUGCGGUGCAUGGAGAUGGCUCGAGAGUAUGGCGACCUGCGGCUCGAGCACGCCAUAUACCUCGAGCUUUUGGACCUGUUGCGGUCAGCGGAGCGACUGUUCCGUGUAACAGGGUCGCUGCGCUGCAUGUACGGGGAUGCGGGCCAUGAAGAGUUGCUCGGGCUGGGUCAGGUACGGCGCCGGAAUAGUCGCCGUAACCCGUCAGUCGAGGCACACGAAGGAGAGGCUGGCGAGGGGCAUGGCGAGGGGCAUGGCGACAGUGGGGUACCGGCAGCUGUGUCGCACCCGGCGCACGGUGGUUAG